CUGGUGUAUGGGUUAGUGGGCACCUUAGGGGCAGUGCUGGUGCUCACCAUCGUUGCCCUCUCUGUCUUCAUGUACAUGUCCCGGAGGAAGAUCCAAAGGCAGAAGGCCAGGCUGGAUCAAGUGUAUAAAUGGCAUGAAGAGGAUGGAGGACCAGCUCCUGGGAGCUUUCAGAAUACAGGCUUUGACAUCUGUGAAGAACCAGAAGAUUCUCUUUACAUGGAUUCCACCUACAGUAAUUUCCAGCCCUCCUUAGAUCACAUUGACCCUGAAAAGAAGAUCCAGAUCCAAAGGCCACAGGUGGUAAUGACCUCAGUAUGAAAACUCACAGCUGAAGAAAACCUGUAGGUGGAACCCUACAAGGAGACAAGAAUAUCAUUUGUAAUACUGCCAAGGAAAGAAGUGCCAAAUCCUCAGUUAGUGAGUGGAAGAACAGAGGCCUGGGCUUUGUUGAUGUGAGAUUAUGUAUGCAAAUUGCCUUGUAAACCAUUACUUGCUAUGCAAACUGAAUAUAUAAUUAUUAUUUUUAUGUUUCUUACUAUUAUGGCAUUCUUUUUAUUGAUAUUCCAAGGACACUGUUCUCCCACAAUGUAGGUGCUCACCCAGCACCUCAACGGAGCUUCUGGCUGCAUACACAGAGGAGAGAGAGGACUGCAUGAAGGAUGAAAGAGGGAGGAGGGAGGAGGGAGGAGGGAAGAGAGAAGAGAAAGCACUUUAGAAAAGACAUCACUGUGGUCAUUGCUGACUUCUGACAUUUAGGGGUUGGUUCCCUCGGGGUGGAACUUUUCUCCCCAUUCAGUUACAGUAAAACAGAGAAUUCACAUAUGCAAAUACGUAUAACACUGAGAUCUUUCUCUUUUUCUACAUAUACACAGGCAUAUGCUUAUGUACACACAGAAUCUGCAGUUGAUGGUGUAGAAUAGUCCCAGACUAUGGCAGGAACUUGAGGAUAAAAGGACGAAACAUUUCUGUUGGAUUAACCCAAGGCCCCUUGGGAACAUCAUGGAGCACGUACUAAGCAGACAGCUGACUGUCUCCUGAAGCUUUCAUCUUUCAGGCAGGAGCCUUGGAAGUGGGGUUGAUGCAGAACCACUCUGGUCACCAAUGAUGGAAUGCAUCUCCUCUAGAGCCCAGGACCAGUACUGACCCAUGUCCAGAUAAUAUUCACCCCUAAUAUUUGCAUAUUGCUUUCUGCCUUUUUUUUUCUAAAGGCUUCCUCACACCUUAAUAUCCUUUUAUCCUCACAAAAGCCUUAUGAAGUGUCAGCACUUGGUAGAUAACGAUGCUGAGAACAGAGAGUGAGGUAGCUUCCCUAAGACCACCAAAUCAGUGAUUUGCAGAGCCAGGAUUCAGAACAGCUUCCUGACUACAUGAUGUCUCCUAAAGAAUUGGGAAGGAGCUGACUUUACCUUAGGGUCAGGGCAACCUGCUUCUUUCAGCUCUUUGCUCUCAUCAGAGCAACCCCAGGGCAAUGGUUUUCAGGGUCCUUUCCUGGUAUCCUGUACCCUCUAUUGGACCAUUGUGGCCACCUUACUUCCAUGAUCACUAAUGUCCCAUAUUACCUAACUAUUCUAAGAAAUCAGACCUAUCUGUGAUUCUCUUCCCCUGCCAUCCAUCAGUAAGAGAUAGCUUAUCUGCCAGACUUCCCUUCUUCUCCAUUUCUACAUUACAGGAUUUGGGGACUAGAAAAUUUUGCCCAAACCUACUCUAGACCUAAGGAUGACCAAGGGUAGGAUUAUUUUAGGGUACAUUGCCACUCACAGGGUACAUUUCCCCUCAGAAUAUCCUGGCCACUGAGAAUUCCAUACCAACCACAGCAAACAUGUCCCCUGACUGCAGGGAAAUACAAUGCUGCCCUGCAAUAUCUACAUUAUUGUUGUUAUUGCUAUCCUAUUCUUAUCAUUUGCAAAGCCAUUAGUGUCAAGGGACUUAUAGAAUCAUCAAAAUAGUCUUUGGUAUUUAUGGUUACAGAGGUUUUUCACAACCAUUAAUAUCACUUGAGUUGUGUAAUAUCCCUGUGAGGCAGGUGAAGCACAUAUUACAGUUUAUUAGAGAGAUAAAACCCAAGUGUUGAGGUCUGAGAGGUUGAGACCCCUCAAAGAACAGACUGAAGGACAGGGUCCUCUGGAAUGAAUUCACAGACUCAAGCAUUUUUUGAGCCAAGUUGGCAAAGAUUUACUGUUAUGCUUUUCAGCAGGCAAAGAUUCUUAAGGAACCUGGGACUUUAGAGGGGUAGAGUGAAAGUUUAUAUAAGAUAAAAUAUAG